AUGGCGACUGCAACUAUGAAGGCACUCAAUUAUUUGGGGCCUUAUCAGGUCCGAGUUGAAGAUGUCGAAAAACCGCGAAUGGAACACCCUGAUGAUGUGAUUGUGAAGGUCACUACGGCUGCAAUUUGUGGUUCUGAUUUGCACAUGUACGAAGGGAGAACGGCUGCGGAACCUGGAAUCACCUUUGGUCAUGAGAACAUGGGAAUUGUGGAAGAAUUAGGUGAUGGUGUCACAUUGUUGAAAAAGGGAGACCGCGUUGUCAUGCCCUUUAACGUGGCAGAUGGGCGUUGUCGAAACUGCGAGGAAGGCAGAACUGCAUUCUGUACCGGUGUCAAUCCUGGGUUCGCCGGCGGUGCUUACGGCUACGUUGCCAUGGGUCCGUACCGCGGAGGCCAGGCGCAGUAUAUUCGUGUUCCAUAUGCGGACUUCAACGCUCUAAAAUUGCCUCCGGGUAAAGAACAUGAAGCAGACUUUGUGCUUCUUGCAGAUAUUUUCCCCACAGGCUGGCACGGUGUGGAGAUUUCUGGGUUCCAAUCGGGGGAGAGCAUUGCCGUCUUUGGGGCUGGACCUGUAGGACUCAUGGCUGCCUAUUCCGCUGCUUUACGAGGAGCAUCCAACAUUUACGUUGUGGACCGUGUUACUGAGCGACUAGAGGCGGCUAAAAACAUUGGGGCUAUUCCUAUCGAUUUCACUAAAGGGGACGCCGUCGACCAAAUCAUCCAACAUAAUGGGGGAAUGGUGGAUCGCUCGGUGGAUGCCGUUGGGUACCAAGCUGUUGACUCCAAUGGCUCUGCUGAAAAGGCCAACAUUGUGCUGGAGAACAUGAUCCGUGUCACCCGGGCGUGUGGUGGAAUGGGAAUCCCUGGUCUUUACGUCCCAAGUGAUCCGGGCGCCGCCGACGCUGCCACUGCCAAUGGAAUGAUUAGUCUCAGCUUUGGCAAGUUAUUUGAAAAGGGACUCUCCCUUGGCACUGGGCAAUGCAAUGUCAAGGCUUACAACCGUUAUCUGCGUGACAUGAUCAUUGCCGGAAAGGCAAAGCCUAGCUUUGUGAUCUCUCAUGAGAUUGCCCUUGCAGAUGCCGAGACCGCCUAUGAAAAGUUUGACAAGCGAGAGGAUGGUUAUACCAAGGUUAUCAUCCACCCCAAUGGUGGAUUCUAA